AUGGCUCCCGCGCGCAAAAGAGGAGGGAGCAAAGCCAUAGCGAAAGGAGAGUUGAAACUAGGUGAUCUGGUUCUUGCCAAAGUCAAAGGCUUUCCUGCUUGGCCUGCUAAGAUUGGCCGGCCUGAAGAUUGGGGUCAAGCUCCGGACCCUAAGAAAUACUUUGUUCACUUCUUCGGAACAAAGGAAAUAGCAUUUGUUACGCCACCUGAUAUUCAAGCUUUUACUAGCGAGACAAAGAAGAAACUACUAGUUAGAUGUCAAGGUAAAACAGUCAAGUACUUUGCACAAGCUGUGGAGGAAAUCUCCGCUGCAUUUGACGAGUCGCAGAAUCUUAAGUCAGAUACUUUGGGCAAUGAAACUGUUAUGAAUGCUGUUGAGCCUAGUUUGACAAAGCCUGAGAUAUUGGAUGGAACAGAUCAUAUAGAAGCUAGUAAAUUAGUCAAAAACGAUGGUGCAGAGCCAAAGCCUGGCAUAGGUGAGGAAGAGACAUCUCCAGUGAAGCACGGAUCACCUGAACCUACCUCAAAGGUAGCAGAUUCUGUUGGAAAAAUUGAUGAUGUUACUUGCAGUGAGCAUUGUGAUGGUGCUGGAAAGAAUUCGGUCAACGGCCAGAGAAAAAUAAAGAGGAUAGCGGGUGACUUGGAUAAAAGACGCAAAGAUGAGGUUCCUAGGACCAAACGUGUGCCUGAUAGUCAAGCUGCUACAGAUAAGAAAGUCAUUGCUCCUAACCAGAAACUAAAGGGCAGUAAAAAGGAAUCUUUUGACAGUAAGGUGGUUUCGGAUCUUAACAUCGCUAGCUCUACUAACUCUAAAAAGUUGGUGAAAGAGAAACCUAGUGCCCAAAUCUGUGGUGAUAAGCAAGAGUGUGCACUUGGCUCUAACACUGGAAUUUUGGGGAAGAAAAGGAGGCUUGAAAGUGAACUAGGAAAGUCUGCAUUAGGAGCAGAUGAAACAGAUGAAAGUAAACGUGCUGUUAAGAGGCAACGGUCUGAAGAUGCAAAGGACGAAAGUCAAUUUAAGAGCAAACAUCUUCUUCCUGUUGGUGAAGGCAAACCAGAAGGAUCUGGUUCUAGUGGUGUUGUAUCAAGUCUAAAGCGUGAGACUCUGUUAGGGGUAAGUGCCCGGGGAGGAAAAGUUCAAUCUGAUAAGGAAGUGAUUUCUUAUACAAAGCGUCGCAAACAGACAGUGGAGCACACAAGUAUUUCCUCAUUUUCUGGAUGUCGUGAUAAAGAGAGGACUAAUCAUCCAGAACGGAAGAUUAGUUCAUCUUCUACUGGCAAUGUGAAGGUUCCAGCUGUUCAGCUUCCAAAGAGACGGAGGGCAGUUUAUAUAUAUGACGAAGAUGAUGAUGAAGAUCCAAAGACUCCGGUGCAUGGAGGACAUACUAAUGCUCCCAAAGCUACUUCAUCGUCUACAGAUGGUCCUAAAAGUGCUAAGGCGUCCCUCGAUAUUUCUAUAAAACCGAAGCUAUUAGCUGGAUCUGCAGAAAGUGCUGAAACAGGGAAAGUAUCUCUGUGUAAAAAUAACAAGGAUGCGUCACUUGCACUACCUGAUAGCAUGAUUGGAAAACCAGUCACCAUGGUCCUCCCAAAGAAUGUCAAGCCGACCUUGAGAUCUCCUAAGAAGCCGACCUUGAGAUCUCCUCAGCUGGUUUCUUCUAAGAAACAGGUGACUAGACAAAAUAAAACUGUGAAGGUCUCUGGUGCGGGAAUGCCAGAUAGCGUGGAAGGCGUUUCAAACAGCUCGUCUAUGGGAACACCAGUCAUCAAGUUGCCCCCAAAGAAUGUCAAGCAAAUCUUGAGAUCCCCUAAGAAGCCCCCUCAGUUGGUUGCAACUAAGGACCAGGUGGCAGGACAGAAUAAAAUUGCAAAAGUCUCUGGUGCUGGGUUGCCCAAAAAAUGUCAAGGUGAUUCUUCUAAGGAUGCAGUGGCUGGUUCUGAUAGAGUAAGCCUUUCUCAAUCUCAGAAAGCAGAACAGAGAAGCAAACCAGCUUUAAGGGAAAAACUAACAGACACUCCGAAAGUUGCAACUCGUUUGAACGAUGCUGGAGUGUCAAGAGACAGUUCUGUGAAAUUAUCCGCUGGCAUGGUUGAUGUCAAUCAAGAAAAUGGAACUGCUCCAUUGAUCAGUUCUGGAAUGCCAGAUUCUUCUUCAUCUAUGAAGGAUCUGAUAGCAGCUGCCCAAGCGAAAAGAAAACAAGCACAUUCACAUACUUCACCUUCUGUGAAUACAGACCAUACAUUCUUUAGCAUUGGUGAAACGCAUGUGAGAAGUCAUAGCCCUUUCAUGGUUCAGAAUGUUUCAUCUUCUGCUGGUGAUUCCAUGCCGGUUGCUGGUCAGGGUCAUCAAGAAAAUCAGACUCCAUCAAAUCAUGUUCCCAAGACCUCAUUAAGUAACCAACCUGAGACUGAAGAGAACGAAGAGAUAAGAGUUAGUUUAGGGCAUAUGUCAGUUGGGGAUGCUGCCACUGAGGCUGCGAUUUCUCGAGAUUCUUUUGAGGGAAUGAUAGAGACCUUGUCCAGAACUAAAGAAAGUAUUGCACGAGCAACACGCCAGGCAAUUGAGUGUGCCAAGUAUGGGAUUGCUAGCGAGGUUGUGGAACUUCUCAUACGAAAGUUGGAAACUGAGCCUCGUUUCCACCGUAAAGUGGACUUGUUCUUUCUUGUUGAUUCGAUCACCCAAUGUUCCCAUAGCCAAAAAGGUAAAGCUGGCGCUUGGUAUAUUCCUACUGUGCAGGCAGCCUUGCCACGCCUUUUAGGUGCUGCUGCUCCUCCAGGGGCUGGUGCUCGUGAAAAUCGUCAUCGAUGUCGCAAGGUGUUGAGGGUGUGGCUUGAGAAGAAGAUUUUCCCAGACUCUCUUCUGCGUCGUUAUAUUAGUGAUAUUAGUGUCUCUGGUGGUGAUUCAACUGUUGGGUUUACCUUACGACGUCCCUCUAGAUCUGAGCGUGCUAUAGAUGAUCCUCUAAGGGAAAUGGAAGGGAUGCUUGUUGAUGAGUAUGGGAGCAAUGCGAGUUUUCAACUGCCUGGGUUUUUAUCUUCGCACACUUUUGAAGAUGAUGAAGAAGAUGAGGAUCUUCCAAGCACAUCACUGGAAGUUAAAAACACGCAUAUCGACGAUCCAGUCCAUGCUUUAGGCAAGUCAGAGGCACAUGAUAGUUUGAGUAUUAAACCUCAAUGUGUUUUAGAGGCUGUCAAUGGUGCGCUUGAAAUGGAAGCUGCGUCUUCGCAGCCGAGAGUAGAAGAACCUUCGUAUGUCUGUGGGACUGAAGCGAAGGAGGACUCACCGGCUGCAACCACUGCAACUGAGCUGCCUCCUUUUCCAGAGGAUUCUCCUCCGGUACCUCAUGAAUCGCCUCCAUCUUCCCCUCCUCUACCUCCUUCUCCUCCACCCUCGUCUCCACCUCCACCCCCAUCAUCUCCACCACAGCUGCCACUACAACCACCUCCCUUCAAACAACGUUCACCCCCACCACUAGCUUCAUUGCCACCUCCACCUCCACAAUCAUCAAUAGCUCAACCGUCCAUGCUUAGCCAUCCUUCAUUACCACUUCAACCAGGAUUUGCUCCCCCAAAUCCAACAUUGCAACAUGAAUACCAUAUAUCUAUGCAGCGGUCUAGCAUUGCCAAUAAUCAACAGCCGAGCAAUACCUCUUUUCUACAAAACCCAAUGAUGAGGAAUCUCGCCCCAGCACCAUCCAGUCAUUUCUCGCUUCCAAGCCAGAUUGUUCAAUCACAACCCCAACGUCCCUCUUAUCCUCAUCCUUACCCUUUUCCUUCUCAGCCAGUUAACGGGAGGCAGCAUAUGAACGAGGAACCAUGGCGGAUCCCUUUAAAUGGAAGUAGUGCAGAUACUAAAAAUGGAGCCUGGAUAAGUGGAAGAUACCCACCUCCAGGCUCUCAUACAGUUACAGACGGUUUCUUUCAGCCACCUCCAGAAAGACCACCUUCGGGGACAGGGAGUUAUGAACGUGCUGCUAAUAACUUACGAGCUGGCCCUUCAAUUUCAGGUCACAUGCUGCCAUCUCGGCCAGACAUACCUUCUGCAGCUCAUUGGAGGCCAUCUUGA